AUGACGAGUGGAUAUCAUGCUGGAAGAUUGAGUAGAACGGUUGCCUCUAUGCGAGAUCUCAAUAGCUCUGAUUUCACAGCUUCUACAAAAGCAAAUUUGCGUCCUGAUUACCUGGUAUGGUACAGAUCAGUGCUGAUUAUCAGGGCCCGUCUCUCUACGGACAGUUGCCAUAUCUUUUUGGCUAUGCUUCAGCAGCUGAAUUUAUACAAUUCUUUGCUCUUCAUCCCAGAAAAUGAACAUGGAACAUCAAAAACCACAAUACAGUCUACUCCAAUAUCCAGCUGUUUACCAUUUAAUAAUACUGUUGGCAAGUAUAAGGUACUAUCAUGUAUAAUCAAUAUGGUUCGUAUCAUUGGUGCAUUAGAACCAUUGUUUCCUUUACAACCCAUCAGGAUUGGUCACAUUGAAUACCGUAAUUAUGGUAACAACUGCUUUGGCAAGCUCCAAUUUUUUGAUACAUAUGUCAUGAAAUCUAUUGGCAAUUUCAGAGCAUACAAAUUUACAACAAAAGAUGUUCUCAAUAAGGUCUAUAGUAAGACAAAAUAUACAGGUGGUAUCAUUCAUGCUCAAGAAGCACCAAAGUUUGAGCGCGAUAGAUAUAAAGUUGUGUUAGAAUCACUUGGUCUUUCUGUGAAGCCAACAACUGAAUUGAUUUGGAGCAUUCUGGUAAAGCGGGAGGAGAACCAGGUUUCUUUCUUCAAUGGUGGGCACCAGAAAUGA